AUGGUGGCAGAUCACAUCCCCUCUUCUUGUAUUCUACCGUCGACCGGGGGUUAUAAAUUCUGGCCUACCUGCUAUCAAAACCCCUGGCCAGGCAACGCGAUUACUCGAGACACCAUCGAUCCCGAUAUCCACUAUGGGACCAUCGUAUCCGGCAACACACUCGCCAAAGACGCUGCUUCUCGCGAUCGGAUUGUUGCCGACCUCGACGAGGAUUGCAUCUGCUUUGAGAUGGAAGCAGCCGGGCUGAUGAACCACUUUCCCUGUCUUGCGGUCCGAGGGAUCUGCGACUACACCGAUUCUCACAAGAACGAUCGAUGGCAACGCUACGCCUCGGCGACCGCCGCUGCGUAUACAAAGGAGCUUCUGGCGUACGUGCCGGCUGCAGAGGUCAAAGAGACCAAGAGGGCACUGGAAGUGCUUCAGCUAGGUCUGAUCUUCGCACCGAUGAGAUCGGGCGCUGGCUUUUGUCACCCGGAUCCGUCUAUAAAUGCCAACCACGCGAGGACACUCCGCCAUGAGGGGACUGGCGCGGUGGAUCCUGGAAAACCCCGUCUUCAAGUCGUGGCACUCGCGGUCGCGUCGACAUUUAUGGCUGCACGGGCUUGCGGGAUGUGGAAAGACGGUUCUCAGUUCGACUGUGCUUGA